CCGGUUUGGUGGCGGCCCGACAAUAAUGCCAACGGAAAAGAAAAGACGAUAGAUAAGAUACCUGAGCCAAUAACUAUUGAUAACCUGACUUCGAUAAUUUGGCAAGUGCUUUUGACAGUUUUGUGAUGACUGUUGCAAAGAACGUUUGUUUGGUGCAAGACAGAGAAAAACCUGGCGGAGAAUUCGGCUGACUUGAAUUCGGACUCUACAUAUUUAGAUUAGCGUUGAAACUGAACAGUACCUAGUACAUAUUCAGAAUGGCAUGCUCGAAACUGGAUGUCAUUGAUCCGGAAAGCACAGCUCUAGUGACAUACGAAAGCAGCAUCAAGUCUGGAACUCACGGCGAUGUGUACCAAAAGCAGUUAGCCCAACUUCUUUUGCUUAGGCUGACUCGAGAAGAGAGGAAUUUCAACUUGGCUUACGAACUGACAUCCGCGGAUAAGUUUGAUGACGUGGUACUGUACGAUAAAGUAGCCAAGCAAUGGACUUUUCUACAAUCAAAACAUGUCGACGGUAAAGAUUCGAAGAUAGAUCUCAAUGGCUUGCUUCCAGAAGCAAAUCGGGAAAAGGGAGAUUUUAGUUUGUACAAAUAUUUCACUUCGUACAUGCUAAUUCGAAACAGGUUCAAAGGCAAACUUAAGUUUCUGCUGUUCACCAAUAAAAAACUUGAUGAAAAGCUGAAAACUGCAGGAAAUCACAUGUCGAUCAACGAUCAAGAAGUACACGAACAUCUUCGCUUUACUUUUGAAGGGGCAACGCACAAAGUUAUCACACCGACUGAAUCGACAAUUCAAUCUAUCAUGGAAUACGCCAACAAAGAUUUACACGCCCUGAAGGACGCUAUCAAGGAGCUAUUUACUAAAGGAAUUAUUACAAAAGAGCUGCAGAAGCACAAGGAAUAUUUGAGGGAUAUUUUAAAAGAGUCAGAAAACAAUCGAAUAAGUUUCAAAAAUUCCUUCAACGACUCAUUGAUUUUCAUUGCUAAAUUAUACAAAGUGCUUCAACCAGAGCUACAAGAUUUCAAGCCUAUCGAUAAACCACAAGCACUGGACAUGAAAGAAGUAGAAUUUGUGUAUUCAAGCUGCCCACCAGAUGAAGGUCAGGAUUUCGAGCAACUAAUUGACGCCAUCAAAAAUGUUUUCCGCACAGGAAUUGUAACAGAUAGUUUAAAAAAAUACGAAAAUCUUAUUGCUUUGAUUCUAACAACUGCAAACGGCCAGCUGGCAUUCAAACACACUUUCAAUUGUGAUGUAGUCUUUAAAGCUGAAUUGUAUCGAAUGUUAAGGAAUGAAUUACGUGCCAUGAAUGAGGAAGUUACUACGAAGCAGAAACUGUUCGAUGGAAAGGAUUCACGGAACAAACCACAUUCAGCAUUAUUCUAUGUGGACGCAUCUGAUGUGAGAGAUUUUUUUAAGCACCUCACAUUAUCAGUGCAUCAACCGGAUGAGCUGGAACCCUUCAUCGUCGAGGAGUUGCAUUUGUGGAUGAGGCAGUGGCUGCGACCCGACGUUUUAGGUAAGCUAACCGAAGUCGAUGAUAAAAAUGCGGUGAGAGAUUUGGAUGAUUAUUUUGACACAACGAUGAAACGUGAACAAGGCAAUUCCAAACCAUACUUAGGUCCAGAUUUUGUAGCGGAGUACUCUAACAAGUUACGAUCUAAAAUUAAAGAGCUCCAUCCGGAAUCGAAAGACAUAAAUCAGUUAUAUAUUAAUAGGGUGCUUCUUUUUGAAAAAGGGGAUAUUGAUGCACCUGAAGUUUUGCAAGAUUCUCAGUUUGACGGAAACGUGGAAUCUGAGCUAUAUCGUAGUUCAGGAGAAACUAUUCCACAUUACGAUAAUACUGCAAAGGAUGGGCGUGAAGUGGAUGAAAAAUUAUCGGAUAAAAAAACAUACGAGGAAAUAACUGACAGGCAGUUUGCAGCUAAUCUGAGGAUUAGGUUUUCACAGCAUCAGUGUUUAGUUUUGACAGCGGACCCUGGGAUAGGUAAAACUGAACUUCUUCAAUAUGUUGCUCUUGAACAUCAAAAACUCACAUCAGGAGCCGUUUUCUUAUUUUACUUGAACAGAAUACAAGAUGUCAAGGACAUUAUGACCAAUGAAUCACCGUUAGAUAUGAUCAAAUCUGCAUUAUCUCCAAGUAACGUAAAGCUCAUACAGGACGUUUUGAAUAAUAAGUCUAAUGGUCAUAUUACAAUACUGUUUGAUGGGUAUGACGAAGUGCAUGAGAAAAAUGAAGAAAGAAUGCACAAUCUGUUCAAAUUAUUAUUGAAAUCAAAAUAUAUUCGACUUGUUGUAAGUGCAAGAAAUCAUAAGAAAAAUUCAUUGAAGAAUUUCUUGCGUAUGCACAAGUUUAAUGUCGGAUACUCUACAUUACAACCGUUCAACAGUGGAAAUAUAACUGAAUAUCUUGCACGAUCAUGGAUGGAAAACUUAGAAUGUGAUAUCAAUUCCAAAUUUUACACUUAUUCCAAAUUUUUGAUUGACAAAUUUUAUAGCUUGUGCAGUGUUCCAUUAAUGGUCAAAAUGAUGUCGGAAAUAUACAAAACGGGGUUUGAGCAGUUCAAAGCAUCUUAUAUAAAAGAUAAAGAAAGUGAAAUAAGUUAUUUACAAGAAGAGUUUUUGGAAGUAGACCAUAUUUACGAAAUUUUCAUAAAAAACUGUUUACUAUUAAAGGUAAAGGAUGUUUGUAAUGGCGUUGGAGUAGUCAGUUCGAACAACCAAAUUUUAGAGGCUAACGUAAACGCUGUUGAUAGGAAUGAAUAUACACCGAUUCAUUGGGCAUGCAUAAGUGGUCAUAAAGAGGUUGUGGAAAUAUUAAUUAGCAAAAAAGCCAAUGUUGAAGCAUUGGAUCAAAAUAAUUUCACACCUCUUCAUUUAGCAUGUCUGAAUGAUCAUAAAGAGGUUGUGGAAAUACUUAUUCGGGAAAAAGUCAACAUUGGUGCAUUGACCAAUAAGAAGUGCACACCGCUUCAUUUAGCAUGUCAAAAUGGUCAUACAGAGGUUGUGGAAAUAUUGAUUAAGGAAAAAGCCAACAUUGAAAUAUUUAACCAAGACAACUUUACACCUCUUCAUUUGGCAUCCUUGAAUGGUCAUGAAGAAGUUGUGGAAAUAUUGAUUAAGAAAAAAGCCAACAUUGAAGCAUUUAAUCAAGAGAACGGGACACCUCUUCAUUUGGCAUCCUGGAAUGGACAUAAAGAGGUUGUGGAAAUACUGAUUCGGGAAAACGUCAACAUUGGUGUAUUGACCAAUAAGAAGUUCACACCGCUUCAUUUAGCAUGCGCGAAUGGUCAUACAGAGGUUGUGGAGUUAUUGAUUAGGGAAAAAGCUAACAUUGAAACAUUGGAUCAAGAUAACUGUACACCUCUUCAUUUGGCAUGUAUGGAUGGUCAUGAAGAGGUUGUGGAAAUAUUGAUUAGGAAAAAAGCGAACAUUGACGCAUUGGAUCAACAGAACUGGACACCGCUUCAUUGGGCAUGUCAAAAUGGUCAUAAAGAGAUUGUGGAAAUUCUUAUUAGGGAAAAAGUCAAUAUUGACGCAUUGACCAAAAAGAAGUCCACACCUCUUCAUUUGGCAUCCUGGAAUGGUCAUAAAGAGGUUGUGGAAAUAUUGAUCAGGAAAAAAGCCAACAUUGAAGCAUUGGAUAAAGAUAACUGUACACCUCUUCAUUUGGCAUCCUGGAAUGGUCAUAGAGAGGUUGUGGAAAUAUUGACUAGGGAAAAAGCCAACAUUGAAGCCUUGGAUCAAGAUAACUCUACACCUCUUCAUUUGGCAUCCUGGAAUGGCCAUAAAGAGGUUGUGGAAAUAUUAACUAGGGAAAAAGCCAACAUUGACGCAUUGGAUCAACAGAACUGGACACCGCUCCAUUGGGCAUGCCAGGAUGGUCAUGAAGAGGUUGUGAAAAUAUUGAUUAGGAAAAAUGUCAACAUUGAAGCAUUUAAUCAAGAUAACUCUACACCUCUUCAUUUGGCAUCCCGGAAUGGGCAUAAAGCGGUUGUGGAAAUACUUAUUCGGGAAAACGUCAACAUUGGUGCAUUGACCAAUAAGAAGUCCACACCGCUUCAUUUAGCAUGCCAAAAUGGUCAUGCAGAGGUUGUGCAAAUAUUGAUUAGGGAAAAAGCUAACAUUGAAACAUUGGACCAAGAUAACUGUACACCUCUUCAUUUGGCAUGUCUGGAUGGGCAUAAAGAGGUUGUGGAAAUAUUGAUUAGGGAAAAGGCCAACAUUGACGCAUUGGAUCAACAGAACUGGACACCACUUCAUUUUGCCUGCCGGAGUGGUAAUAAGGAAAUUGUGGAGAUAUUAUUGAGAGAAAAGGCCAACAUUGACACACUGAAUGACGAAAAUUGUACACCACUAGAUCUGACAUGCCAGUACGACCAUAAAGAGGUUGAAAAGGUUAUAAAAACCCGAUUUAAUCCACCUAUGGUGAACAGAAUCCUUCUUACACUAAUUAAAAUUAUUGUUGCGUUAUUCGUAUUUUACAUAAUUAUUUUGUAUGAUUGUUCGUUUUGGUCAUCCUAGAAAAUAUUGUUGAUUUGUCAACUAGUGGAUUGGUUUCCAAAAUAGCAUCAUUGGGUAUAUAGCACCACAACUGCAAAGCAGAUGUUCCGAGGUUUCACGUUCCUUAAUGCGAAUAUUUUGUAUAGUUUUUCUUUCGUUGCGCAAUUUGCGCGCCGGGCAGUUACGCGCAGCUCCACUCCAGUUGCGCGCAGCCAAUCAGGAGCAAGAAAGCAGACGACGUCGUUGUGCGCCAAAGCUACAUGCAGCACGUUUCCACUGUCUGCGACCAAAACAAACAUCGACGCUCGCCCACCGGCUGAUUGUUGUUGUUGAUAGUUUGCGUGGAAAGGUAAGAUAUCUUAUUAUGGUCCCUUUCGAGAUUGUUUUAAUGUAACAGAAAUAAAACAAUAUUUUCUGGAAUUGUUGCUGAUUCGAUUGGUUGAGUCAUUAUUUGUUGCAUUCAGUCCAAAUUCAGUCUUGUACUGGUCGCACGCGGUCGAUACCGGUUGGAUAUGUUUUAAGUAAUGCAAAUAUGGAUACUGCCCAUGAUAUGAGAUUCACCCUUGCGCACAGCUGACUGACAGAUUGGUAAAAGUGUGAAACUAAACUUUUUCUUGCUAAGCGCAAUACAGGUCGGACUCGAUUAUCCGGGGGUUCAAUUAACCGGGGGCCCGAUUAUCCGGGGCUCGAUUAUCCGGGAAAAAUGGCUCGAUUAUCCGGGGAAAAGUUUGUUUUUGCUUUGUUUACAAAUUUUUAGAUUACAAUACGUCAACAAAUAAGAUAAACAUCAAAUACAACACCUGUAAGUAGGAUUUAAUCUAUUCAAAAUUGUUUUAAUUUUUUCACAUUUUUCAGCUAAAAUUGCAUUUCUAAAAAACAUGGUUGUAAUAAUACUAGACGUUGAGUUUAGGCACUACAACGUUAUUUAUGUUAGCUUCUAUGUUUAACGAACAGUUUUUGAUUGAAGAACAUCAAAAAUAAAAGAAAAGAAGCAAGGUUGCGACCAUUCAUUUGCAAAGAUUUACAUUCAUUUGAUAUUAUCUCAGUUCAGAAGCAUGCUAUCGAAAAACAAUGUAUGGAUGAAUUUAACCUUGUAGUUUUAUCUGAAAGUUGUCGAAUACCAUUGGGGUCGCAAACGUAUACCAAAGUCGUGAGCGAGCUGUGAAGGCGACUCUCCACGCGGUGAAUAUAAAUUACAUUCACGCUGUGGAAAGUUGUCUUCACAGCUCGCUCACGACUUUGGUAUGCGAGUGCGACCGCAAUGUUAUUCGGCAAACUUUCAGAUAAAACUACAAGGUUAAAUUCAUCCAUACAUUGUUUUUCGAUAGCAUGCUUCUGAACUGAGAUAAUAGUAAAUGAAUGUAAAUCUUUGCAAAUGAAUGGUCGCAACCUUGAAAAGAAGCAUGGCUCGAUUAUCCGGGUGAUUCGAUUAUCCGGGGUGAAAUAAUUUUGGAGUCACCCGGAUAAUCGAGUCCGACCUGUAUUACAGAAACGACAGAUAUCACUCUGAAUAUGGCCAAUAUUUUUCAAGUGAUACCAGCUCGGGCAGUGUCCAGUUACUAGGCCAGUGUAUGUACAUAGAGCUCUCUUGUUGAGCUCUAAGAGCUUUUUGGUUUUAUAAGCAUUUGGUGUUAUAAAUCGUUUUGACUGAUUGCAAUUUUUGACGUCCAUCCAAUUGAAUAUCACCCUCUGCUCAGCCCAGCGUUUCAGGUCCAUUUUAAUUGUACAGUUUGAUAUACCACAGAAUGGUUCUGGGCCAGCAAACUGUAAAUUGGAACCACUUUUAGCAAGCUCGUCUGCCAUUUCAUUUCCUUCAAUGCCAUGUGGUGCCUAGCUACACCUCCUGUUUACGCCUAUGUGCGGCAUGAAGGAGGUCGUGGAAUCGAACGAUAAGUGUUAUGCUUUGUUAGCAUAAACAUUCAUGGUUCGAGAACGAUAACCUACCGAAAUGCAUACGCAGCGAAACAGCGUGUAGCCUCGGUAGCGCGAUAGAGUUAAGAACGAAAUAAAGAUUCAGAAUCGUUUAAGUCACCAACGGAGUCGGACUCAUUACUGACGAUCACUGCCCGAUAAGCGAAGCAAAGCAAAGCAUGGCGAUCCUCGCCAGUUGUGCAGUUGUGCAGUAAUUAUAAUUUAAUCAAACAGAUCUGAGUUCCACCCAGCUCGAUACAAGAGUGAUUAGUGUGCAGUGGAAUUUUCGACAAACUGUGAUUGUGCGAUUACAAAACUCAACGAGUGCCACAGGAACCAGUAGCAAUUUACCGAAAUGGGAUGGUUCAGCGCUGAUGAGGUAAUUGCCCCAACCAUCAGCACCACCAACACAGAACCACAUAACGUGGCUCAAGCCGUGGCGCUUUGCGUCAUAGCCGGAGUGGCCGUGGGCUACAUCAUCGUAAGAACCGUGCUAAAGGCACAUAAGAGAAGAACGGAACGAGUGGCAGAACGGGCCGUAAGACUAGCCGCUGUGUGAACUAUGAACAAUGACAAAAUUAUGCAAUCGUCAAUAAUUUGUUGCCACGUUGUGCAUUUCUAUAGUGCUAAAUAACUCAAAAGUGCAGCAAGCGUAAAGGUUGAAAAACGAGGAACAAUUAAACCAGACAGUAAAAAGUGUGAUGAGCAAAAGUGUGAAAAGAAUAUCAAUAAAGACUAAACCACUGUGAACAUUAUCGAAACCAUAGUGACUAGUAUGGUUUAAUGGAGCUAUUCGAGUGAAAAAAAAAACGAAGCCGCGGAGCAGACCGCUCGGCGUGGCCAACGAAGUCUCGGAGCAGACCGCUCGGCGAGACCAACGAAGUCUCGGAGCAGACCGCUCGGCGAGACCAACGAAGCCCCGAGCGGCCCGCUCGGCGAGGCCAACCGGCCGGGCCAACCAGCCCGAAUAGCGAGCAUACAUCAUACAGGGCCACCAAAUUCAAUCAAAUGGUGAGUGAAAGAUUUAGGCAAUAGUGAAAAUGGAAUGGAUGAAUUUUUCAGAAUCGAGGAUGCAAUUUUUAAAUUGCAUUUGAGUCUGAAAAAAUACAAUAAAUUUAAAACAGAAACCAAAAAUGAGAAAGUUAAGAAUUUGGUAAUUUUAAAAAACAAUCUAAGAGAAAUCGUAAAAAACAGCUCCGUAGACUACGUAUCUAGACAGCAUUUGUUUGCUAGGUACAAAAAGUUGAGAGCAGUUAUUCAUGAUUGUUUAGAUUUAUUAGAUUCACCACUUGACGAAUCGUUUCUGGGAAAGUUGUUCAGUCCAGAGAAAGAGGGUGAAGCCCAAAAUAGUGAAGAUUAUACAAACAGUGAAGAUUAUACAGAGGAUUCAACAAGCUCAGAAUCAGGGUUAGAAGAGCAGCUUAGAAGGAUGGCCCCGAAACUUGACCUCAGUUUAGAUAUGAAGGUGGUUCAGCCUUUCGAUGGAACUGUCACAAAGCUGACCAGUUACAUCGAAGGAGUAGAACUAUUCCAAGACUACUCUGAGGGGGUUCCGGAAGAUAAAUUAUUAAAAUUUUUGAAGACAACUUUAAUAGGAUCUGCGCACGGUGCGAUUGAUGGAUCUGCAACCGUCGCAGAUGCCCUACAAGCAUUAAAACAAAAAUUUGCAAUUAGGGUUACACCGAGAGCGGUUCAAAACGAAAUGAACGCUCUAAAACAGAGCCAAAAGUCGAUAUCCGACUUUGGCUCCGAAAUGGAAAAAUUAUCCGCGAAGUUAGCCGCCGCACAUGUGUCUAUGGGCACAUUUGCGAAUGAGGCGGCAGCAGUUAAUAUUGUUGAACCAAUUGCGGUUCAAUCAUUCAUUGAUGGAUUGAAGGAUCCAUCAACCAAAUUUUUUCUCAAAGCGCGAAACCCACCAACUUUGAACAAGGCAAUCUCUGAUGCCUUAGAGUGCCAGGCAACGCCUAACACUGACACCAAUGACAACAUGAUGGCACUGUGGUGUUCAUCAAGUGGGUCCGGACGACAUGGUAAUUUUCGUGCCAGAGGUGGUAGAGGAUAUGGCGGAUAUCGCGGAUAUCAGAAUAACCGUGGUAGAGGUAAUGGACGUGACAGAGGCCACUACCAGAAUCACUACCAAGAGAGAAAUUUUGAUUCCAGUAAUCAGUCCCAAUUCUACAACCAAGGCAGAGGAAGUAGAGGCAAUAGACCUCCACGAUACAACAAUAACAACAACAAUCGAACGCAUGCAGCUAAUGUAGCUGAGCAUGCCCCUGAACAAUCUCGUCCACGUCAACCCGCAAACCAACAAACGAACCAACCAACAGAAGAAGCGAAUCUCAUAGAUCUUUUUCGCUAAUUUCUGCGUGAAGAAAGCUCUACGAGCAAAAUUUAAAUUAUUUGGUAGGAAUUUAGAAUUGAUAGUAGACAGCGGAGCGUCCUGUUGUCUACUGAGCAAAAAGUAUAUUCCAGAAAAAUUUAAAAUCAACACGUCAUUGACUAUUGAAGUCAGAGGAGUUAAUGGGAUCACACACACAUUGGGAUUUGUGGAUACAAUUGUAGGCCAUGAGUUAGCAGAGUAUCCUGUAAGAUUUCACAUAAUGGAACAGGUACCAUCGAACGUUAUAGGUUUGAUUGGUACAAACUUCUUGAAGCAAUAUGGAGCACAAAUUGACUUUGCAAAAAUGAAGAUGGAAUUCACUAUUCCGAAUGGAGAAUUACAUCUCACAAUACCUCCACGGCAUGAAUACAUUACUUACAUAGAAACGGAAUUUGCCGAAACAUGUGUGGUACUGAACCAGAAAGUUCAACCAAAUGUGUUUGUGGCUAAUUCUAUAGCAAACCCCGUGAAUGGUAAGAUACCGAUUCGACUGGUAAAUAUCUCAAAUAAACCAGCAAUAAUAAAAAAUUUGAAACCAACGGUAGCGUCAGCUGAAAAUUACAAUGUUAUCGAUUUGGAAAA